CAGCAAGAUAGUAAGCCGCACUGCAGGCCAGAGUGCUGUUGUGUGUGUGUGUGUUUACAGAAGGCCUGAAAACACCUGAAUGAACUCGCCAAGAGAGAACCAUCCUGUCUGAACUUACUUCUGAAGUCCAUUAUGUGCUCAGCAGACCUGAUCUGGGACUGGAAACCAGUAGUACAAGAUGAACUAUUUGCACGGGCUUUUCACACUUGCAAUGCUGUUGAUGGAAAGCUACUUAUAUAUGGGGGUGUAAAAUCAGCCAAUGCAAAGGAAAUGCCUCUUAGUGACACUGUUUUCUUCAAUCCACUGACAAGAAGUAUUGAGUCUCUGUCCCCAGCGGAAACACGUGCGGUUCCUAGAAGUCACCAUGAUGCAGUAGUCAUCAAGGAUCGUUGGCUUUGUGCAGUGGGGGGCUGGGAUGGCCAUAAGCGGGUAUCAUCUGUCCGAUGCUUUGAUGCAGAAAGCAAACAGUGGACAGACUUGGCUGAAGGUCCAUCCAGUGAUCCUCCUGUGGGGCUUAGUAGUCACAGUUGCACCAGAAUAUCUGACCAUGAGCUCUGUGUCGUGGGCAGAGAAGGUGGGUUACGAAUGCAGCGGCGAUAUGGCAGUGUUUACACUCUUCGCAUCAACAUAAUCACGAAUAGCUUCUGGUACAGGGAGGCAACCACUCGUACUGCAUCGAGGGCAGGACACACUGCCAUGCUACUGCCUGACUCAGGGAAAGAUGGAAAAGGUACUAGCUACAAGCUUCUCAUUGUUGGUGGUCGUGAAGGAACUGAAACUGAUAUUGCUGGCCGUUGGAGUGCAGAGAAGCUACAAAUCGAGACACCACAUGCUCCAAAACUCACAGAGAAACUUUCCCAGCUUAUUGAAGGAUGUGCACCUUCAACUGCUCCCAAGAACGUGCGACAUCAGUCAUGCUCUGUGGUGGGCCCAUUUGCUGUAUUCUGUGGUGGAGAACACCUAGGGAAGACCAGGGAUAUCAUUUGCAAUGACCUGUAUGUUCUUGACACACGUUCUGGUUCUGGAAUAUGGUACCACUUCCCCUGCUCAAACCCAGAGAAGAAGAGAGCAGGGCACCGCACCUGUUUACUUGAUGACCAUCUCUACCUUGUUGGGGGUCUGGGCCCUGAUGGCAAGACUCCCUCAGCAGAAAUCUGUGAGUUAGCCAUUCAGUUGUCUUCAGCAGUGGGCUAGUGGGGGAUUUACCUUAACUUGUUCAACACACAGAUGGACUCCUUCCACUACCAUGCCUUUAUAAAAUGGAAAAAAAGGUCACUUGGAGAUUUACAGUGGAUAUAAAAAGUGUACACACCCCUGUUAAAAUGCCAG